CUGAUCCUGUCUGCAACUUCUCUGGUCCAAAUCUCUCUCUUUCUUCUUCUUCUUCUUCUUCUUCUUCUUCUAUUCUUUCGAACCAUAACUCACACUCAUUCAUUCAUUCUUUCAGAUUUUGCAUUUUUAGAAAUUUUGAUUUUUCAAUUUCUCUUCGAGCUGCGAAAAUUAAGUUCAGAAUUGAAGAAAUUGUUUAAAUUUAUGAGCUAAAAAGUUUGAUGCUUUCGGCUUGAGCUUGCGAUCUUCACCGUUGAUUCUAUGGCGGUGGCGACAAUUGUGACCGCCUCUGGAGCUGCGGUGCUGCUGUACUACUUGCUGACCCGGAGACUGGCGGCGGGGAGGGUGGAGGGAGAAGAUGAACGGUCGAAAUUGAGCAGAUCGUUUAGGAGGAGAAUUUCUCGGAGGCCAGCUCAGGCUCCGGCGACGCUGUUCGAGUCGAUCAGCACGCUUUCUGAGACGUUGCGUUUCACGUAUUCGGAGACUUUGGGGAAAUGGCCGAUCGGGGACUUGGCGUUCGGGAUUAACUAUUUCAUGAGGAGGCAGGGUAACUUACAAGUUGCAAGUGUAUAUGCUGGUAAUGAUUGUAUACAACUUAAAGGUCCUGAAGUUGUUGUGGAGUUGAACAUAUUUCUGAGGUUGUUGACCCUUUGUAUGCUUUUCUCGAAGAAGAAGUUUCCAGUGUUUUUAGAGUCUGCCGGCUACUCUGAGGAAGAUGUCCUCCUUCACAAGCCCAAGGCAGAGCUUUUGAAGCCCGCUUUCUCAAUUAUACGAGAUAGAGACUCAAAAUGUUUCCUUCUAUUGAUUCGUGGUACUCAUAGCAUUAAAGAUACACUAACAGCAGCAACUGGUGCAGUGGUCCCUUUCCACCACUCAGUUUUACAUGAUGGUGGGAUAAGCAAUUUAGUUUUAGGAUAUGCCCAUUGUGGAAUGGUUGCUGCUGCUCGUUGGAUAGCAAAGCUUUGCACUCCUUCUCUGCUCAAAGCUCUUAAUGAAUAUCCUGACUACAAAGUGAAGAUUGUUGGGCAUUCGCUUGGUGGUGGUACUGCUGCGCUUUUGACAUAUAUUCUUCGAGAACAGAAAGAAUUCUCCUCAAGCACUUGUGUAACGUUUGCCCCAGCUGCCUGUAUGACCUGGGAAUUAGCAGAAUCAGGCAAGCAUUUUAUUACUACCGUCAUUAAUGGUUCUGACCUGGUGCCAACAUUCUCAACAGCUUCUCUUGAUGACCUUCGCUCCGAGGUCACAGCAUCAUCUUGGUUUAAUGAUUUUCGAGAUCAGAUUGAGCAUACAAGGGUCCUAAAUGUUUUUUAUCGCUCUGCAACUGCUCUGGGAUCUCGUCUACCAUCUAUAGCUAGUACCAAAGCCAGGGUCGCUGGUGCAGGUGCACUUCUGAAGCCAGUAUCCAGCAGCACUCAGGUUGUGAUGAAGCGUGCACAGAAUGUUGCUCAAGCUGUUGUCAAAACACGCUCGUCUCUGUCAUCAUGGUCUUGCAUGGGCGCACGUCGCCGUCACGUGGGUCCACUAUUGGAAUCUGAAGUAGAGGAUUUGCCUGAAGCAGCUCUAGUAUCUGAAAGAAACUCCGAGUCUGCUGCAACAGAUGGAAUAACAAGAGACCCUUUGGGGAAUAAAGUGGAACGUAAUUCCUCUAGUGGUGGAUCAGGUCAUGAUGAUACAGAUGAAGACGAGCAUCUCCUUCCAGAAGAUGGAGUCAUUAGUGUGUCCACUGUGGAGGACAUCACUGAAGGUGAGUUAUUGUUCGAACUGGAGAGAGAGCUUCAGAGGCAGGAGAAUGAAGCAGAUAUUAGAGCCCAGGAGGAAGAAGCAGCUGCAGCUAAAGAAAUCACCGAAGAGGAAAACAUACUGGUUGAUGCAGUAGUGGAAAGCAGUAAUCCAAUCUCAUCGGCGGAUGAUGUAUUAGAGAGCCACCGGUUCUAUCCCCCUGGCAGAAUCAUGCACAUCGUUUCCGUACCUUCAUCUGAUACUCCCAAUAUAGAUAAUGGCACGCGCACUGAGGAACAUGUUGGUUUCUUUGAGACGCCUAGAGAACUGUAUAGUAAGCUCCGGCUUUCAAAAACAAUGAUAAAUGAUCAUUAUAUGCCUAUGUAUAAGAAGAUGAUGGAAAUGUUAAUCAGGGAACUGGAAAAUGAAGAACCUUGUGGUUCUGUAAUGUGACAUGAAUAAAAUAAUAGUUAGAACAAUA